CUUUAGUUUCUCCAGCAGGGACAUCACGCAGUUUAGCUUGAUCAGAGUACACAGAUAAAAGCACCUCGGUCACACAAUGUUUGUAAGGAAUCCCAGUGUGUAUCUGACCCUGUUAUUGUGGAUUAUAGUCUCAUGGAACUGGGAUAGCGUCGCUGCAAGGAAGCAGGACGAGUCCUUCUUCACUGCCAGUAUUUACAGAGCAAGAUGCACAUCGAGAUGUCUCAGCCUGCACCUCACUCGCAUCUCUGCUUUUUUCAAACAUUUCCAGAAUAAUGGAUCCUUGGUUUGGUGUCAGAAUCAUAAACAGUGCUCCAAGUGCCUGGAGCCCUGCAAGGAAGCCUGGGAUCUGAAGGAGACUCAGUGCCAGAACUUGUGUGAGCCUCUGUUCCCGAAGAAGCACUACGAGUGCCUGACCAGCUGCGAGUUCCUGAGGUCGACGCAGGCGGUGAAGCAGGGCGACUGCCCCGCCCCAGAGAGGGCCAGUGGGUUCGCUGCCGCCUGCGUGGAGAGUUGCGAGGACGACGGCGAGUGCUCGGGUGUCAAGAAGUGCUGCUCCAACGGCUGUGGACACACGUGCCAGCUGCCCAGAAACCUCUACAAAGGAGCUCCACUGAAGCCCAGGAAGGAAUUGAGCUUCACGGAGCUUCCGAAUGGCCAGCUGGAGAUCAAAUGGUCCUCUAAGUUCAACAUCUCUGUGGAACCUGUUCUUUAUGUUGUGCAAAGGAGGUGGAACUAUGGAAUACAUCCCAGUGAGGAUGAUGCCACAGACUGGCAGACAGUGGCACAGACAACAGAGGAGCGAGUGCGGCUGUCGGACAUCAGAGCCAGCAGGUGGUAUCAGUUCAGAGUGGCUGCUGUCAAUGUUCAUGGAACCAGAGGCUUCACUGCCCCCAGCAAACACUUCCACUCCUCCAAAGAUCCCUCUGCGCCUCCCACCCCAUCCGAUCUGAGAAUCACCAACAUGACCAGUAACAGUGAGGGAAGUGGCACAGCCAGGCUGAGCUGGAACCUGUCAGAGGAACCAGACAUUCCUGUGCAUCACUACAAAGUCUUCUGGAGCUGGACAGUCAGCCGAAAGUCCAUUGUUCCAGCAAAGAAAAAGAGAAGAAAGACCACCGAAGGGUCCCAAAACUAUGUGGAUCUGGAAGGGCUCCAGCCAAACAGCAGCUACAUGGUAGAAGUGCAAGCAGUGACAUACUGGGGACAAGUGCGUCUGAAGAGUGCCAAGGCUGCUCUCUACUUCAGCACCAUGAGAUUGAAUGACACAAAAGAACAGUCUUCAAAGAUACAUAAAGGAGAGCAAAGGCUGACAUCUCAUCCAGGAAAACAGCCAACAGGCCCAUUAGAAGUUGGAGUUCCUUUCUACCAAGAUGGACAGCUUCAGGUCAAAAUCUACUGGAAGAAAAGGGGAGAUCCCAGUGUGAACCGCUACCAUGUCCAGUGGUUGCCAGAAUCCUGCAGUCACAAUGAAACGAAAAGUCCAGAGAAAUCUGUGACACAGGAAAACUACAUUCAUCUCCAAGGGCUGCUGUUUUCCUGCAAGUAUAAAGUGACAGUUCACGCAAUGAAAUUAAAGGGCCGUUCAAAGGCUGAAACCACCAGCUUUUCCACCCCAUCAUGCUCUGCUUUGAAAGGAAAGAACCAUAAACACUUCAGCUGCCCUUCAGAUGGGGUUACAGUGCUUCCGAAAGUACUGGCGAAACCAGAAAACCUGACCGCAUCGUUCUACAUUCAUGAAGGGAACAUUACUGGGAAUUUCUUUUGGAGGGUUUCAAGAGUACACCCCCACCAGCGGAUCACAGGAUUCCAGGUGACCUGGGCAGAGGUGACUACAGAAAACCGACAGAACAGUUUGCCAAACAGCAUCAUCUCUCAGUCACAGAUACUGCCUCCAGACCAUAAUUUUCUAACAGUUUCCAAUCUCAGAGCAUCAACCUCUUACCGACUUGAAGUGCAAGUGAUAACGACAGGGGGGGAAGGCCCAGCAACUGUUAAAACAUUUCACACACCUGAUACGUCGCCAGCUCUCCAACACAGGCCCAGACUCAGACAGCAUCAUCAGCAUCAUCAUAAGCAGUCUUCAGAAAAACACUGAAGGCCCAGGGGAAUUUGUGUGACAAAUACCAGUUCAGUCUUAUGUACUGCACACAAAAGAGAAAAAAAAUUAAGAAAAUAAACUGUGGAAUCACUCUCCUCCAACUGAGGCGGGUUUUCUUUAAAACUGGAUGGUGCGUGAUUGGUCACACCUUCUGUCCUGCUCUCCUCACCAUGUGGAAUUCACUCAUUGCUUUGGUCUCCACAAUUUUCUAAUGCAGUCAACAAUGGACUCAUACUGCUAACUUCCAAAGCCUUUAUGCUAAAUUGCUGUGGUACUUGGAGAUUUCUUUUUUGUGAGGGAGAUUUGCACUGUAAAAAUAUAAAAAAAUACAAAACAACAGUAUAGUCUUUAAGCUUUGAUAUCAUUUUUAAGAUUGGGAUAAUGGGAAGAUAAAAGAACUUUGAAGACUUUAGAUAACUAAGAGGCCUACAUUUGGUCUUUUGAAAAAAAAAAAUUUUAGCAGCUGUUUUAAAUGUAGAAAAGAAAAAAGAGUCCUUAUACAUUACCUUGAAAAUGGAACAAGUGCCAUAAUAAGACUUGUAUAUUAAAAUUGCCAUCUUCAAGAAUAGCUUUGGAUUCAAUUAUUUAUUAUAUAAUUCUAAAUAAUCCCAAAUGGCGCUUAAUAGUACGUAAUACCGAUGGAUAUGAUGUAACUAAAGCCUGUGUAGUUUAACAGUGAAUAUUGCAUAAAGUAUGAUAUUGCAUGUAGGAAUCCAUUUAAUUUAAACUGUAAAUGAGUUAGUAGCUACAAUUUGAAUUUUACAAUAUUUGGUUUUGCAUGACAAAACUUAGUGUUCUGUUCUAGGCAUGAAGUGUGAUGUCUGUGUUACCUCUUUGAAUAUAUUAACAAAGCUCCACUAACAGAUUAACAGAGAAUUUUAUGGGGGGAUAUUUACUUAUUAUUAAUGGAAUGAAAAUGUAGUGUGAAAAUGACAGAAGUAUGUAUUUACUAAACUGGCUGUAGAAAUCAUGCUCAUGUUACAGUCACUAAAUGUCAAUAUUUAUUUGUGUAUGUAUUACAAAACAUUUGGUUUGUGUGUGUGUUUUAGUCUAGCCUUUUUUAAACUGAUAAAACUCCUUGUAAAGCUGUUUUGUAAAAAUUGAAUUGUAAAUAGAGUCUAAUAUUAUGUUACUCGUUAUUUUUCACAUUAGAAACUGUACAUACUGUUAAUUAAUAAAAGAAACCUGAAACCUUU